UAAACUAAGGCUAAAGUCCAUGUGACUAGUUUCCGUUGUUUCCUUCCGCAUAAACCAAAAAUUAGUCUUCUCUGAAAAUCUAUAGUAGAGAGGAAAAAGACAGAGAAAGAGAGAGAGAGAGCAAGAAUGGGAGAGAAUGAAAGAGGUGACAAAGAAGAAAUCAGUCUACACUUUGUCCAAGUGUUUCAACAUGCUUAAUUUCUGCAGGUCCCUACGAUGAUGUAUCGCACUCCAUCACAUGCCAGAAUGUUGUGCAUCAUAUGCAUACACGAAUGCUGACAUUAAAAUGGAGAUGCUGUCUAUCUACUUCUGGCUAAAAUUCAUUGUGUUAUUAACAUGCCGGUGCGGUAGUGAUUCUCUGCCUCACAAACACUGUAACUUGAUUGAAGAAACUGCUGUCUGUAGUACGUCUGGGCUGGAUACUGUGCCUCCUGACCUUCCCCAACAUAUUAGGGGGCUUGUUUUGAAUCGAAGCAUCAUUAAAUCUUUGAAAAGCAACUCCUUACUGCUCUAUUCUGAUCUUGAAGACUUAAAUCUGAGUGAGAACGAAAUAGAAAUGGUAGAAAUGGGUGCCUUCCAUAAACAAAAAAGACUACAGAAGCUAAGAUUAAAUGACAACGCACUUCAUUUAAACUAUCAAUCUGCUGCCAAUGCUCUACAGGAUCUUUCUUCCUUAAGACUAUUGGAUCUAUCGGGGAACAAGCUAAGUGAAGAUAUGGUGAUGUACUUGCUGCAAAAGCCAUUACCUUCCUUGGAAACUUUAUCAUUAAGCAGAAACAUAAUCAUGAGACUAGAACAUUCAACAUUUGAAGGUCUUUCUCAUCUGAAAGAACUAAAUCUGGAGAAAAACUAUAUCUAUGAGAUUGAAGAAGGAACAUUUGAUGACCUCAAAGCACUUUUGCAGCUGAACUUAGCAUAUAACUAUAUAUCCUGUAUAGUACAAUUCAGCCUAGUUCAGCUUAAGAUGCUGAAUAUCAGCUUUAAUAUCAUUGAGUGGUUUUUGACAGCUGAAACUGAUGAGAGAUUUGAACUAGAAAUAUUAGACCUCUCUCAUAAUAAGCUUCUGUUUUUUCCAGUACUGCCUAAGUAUAACCGUUUGAGAUCACUUCUGCUUACAGACAAUGAAAUAAGCUUUUAUGGUAGAUUUGCUGUUAACUCCUCAUCUCAACCCAGUAAAGUAACAUUUAUCCAAAUCAUAAACAAUGUGACCAACAUCACAACUGUUGAUCUGUGGGAUGAAGCUGAUUUAGGAAAUAUGUCUUCCCUGAUUUCUUUGGAUAUGAGCCACAAUCAAAUACGAUAUCUUCCUGAAAAUUUCCUGAGUCGGAUGACUUCCCUCACACACUUGAACCUAGGCCAAAACUGUUUGGAGGAGUUUCUCAUAGCAGAUACUGAGCCACCCUUUACUUUGAUUGAGCUGGACCUGAGCCAGAACAACUUAUCAGAAAUUGAGGUUAAUGUAACCACUAACAGUAUACUUCCUCAUCUUAGUGCACUAAAUUUCAGCAAAAAUAUGUUAGGGAAUAUUCCUGCAGACAUUUUUUCCCUAAUGCAGAACAUCACUACAAUAGACUUGAGCCAUAACAAUAUAAAGGUUUGUCCAGUGCAAAUGUUAGACAGCUGGUCGCAUCAAAGUAAACCUGUGAUUAGAAACUGUGUUGUAUUCCAAAACAUACAUUCUUUAAGAAACCUCUAUUUGUCAAACUGUAGACUGGAGCCAUUGCCUCGUGGUGCUUUCAGAGGAACAUCAUUAACAUACCUAGACCUAUCUGACAAUCAUGGAGCUAUUGCAAACAUGAGUCCACUACAAGAAAUUUCUCUGACUCUUCAGUGCUUAUCUCUUCGCAACACCUGGCUAUCUAACCACAUGUCUAAAAUUGACUUCUCUGAAUUUCAACAGCUGAAAGAAUUAGAUUUAUCAAAGAAUUCUUUGAUUGCCAUUCCUAAUGGUUUGCAUAAGCUAAGAAAAUUAGACUUGCGGACUAACCUUCUGGUUUCUCUUCAGCAGGAUGUGAUACAAAAGCUUCGCCAAAGCCUUCACCAUCUUUAUCUCAGUGACAAUCCUUAUGACUGCUGUUUGUUUAGUUGGUGGGAUGAACUCAGUAAAAUCAAUGUUCCUGAUAAGGAUUUAAUGAGCUGUAACUACUCAACACAAUUUUUUAGUGUAACAAGACUUCCACCGUCAGUUGUUUAUGACUGUAAAUGGAGAGGAGAUAAUCUGGUGUUUAUGUAUUUAAUUCUUGCCCUACCUACCUGCUUGACUGCUGUUGUUGGGUUCACUGUGUUUUUUCUUACAUUUAAGCAACAUCUUUUCAAAAUAGUAAAACGCAAGUGUAUGGUGUCAGCUUCAUACUGAUAAGCAAAAUUCUCCAUCCUUCUCAGAUGAAAAGAAGAUGUAAGCCCAAAAAGAGGAUGCAACACAACAGUCGGUAAAUUGUGUUCCUGAUGGUAUAAAUUAAUAAAUUUUGAUUUAAUCUUGAUGCACCAUGA